ACAAGCUAAACAAAACAAAACAAAUUUGAAUUUAAAACAAACCCAUUUCAUAGUCUUAAUAACAAAUCCUCAAAUCUCAAUCAAACUUUCCUAAAUAGCUUCGUACAGACACUCGCAGUCGCAGGCUUUUCCUCAGCCGUCUUUACUGUUUAUAAUUAACACCCUUUACCAUUAUUACUAUUACUAUUAUUUCCCUUACACCAUGCAAUGCGAUGUGCCUCUCUCACUAAGCUUAAAUAUUUUAAAAAUGACUACUACCUUGAGCUUCAGAUUCUUGUACCCUUAGUUUUAUUUAAUCUGUUUCUCCCACUCGUGCCCUGUCCACUCCACAAUAAUGACCUUCUUUCUACCCUCAUUAUCACUCUUUUCAGUUCUUGCAUCCAUUUUUAAUUAAAUUGAAUUUCUUAAUUAUCCCUUGUCAGAGGGCCUAUUUACUGCCUCUGCCACACUCGUAUGGUAUUCACACCUAACCUCAUUUGCCGCUUCUUCUUUGUCACUUACCAUUACUGUUACUUGUGCCCCCUUCCCUCUGCUAUUACUGCCUGCUACUUCUGCCAUUUCUUGUUCUGUCUAUUUCACUUUCUCUCUCUCUUCAAUGGCCACUCCCACUCUCCGCUCCUCCUCCGUCCCUUCCCUCCCUCCGCCCUCCCCCAAGUCCCCGCCGGAGUACCCAGAUUUGUAUGGCAAGCGCCGCGAGGCCGCCAGGGUUCACAUGCUCGAGAGGGAAAUCACUUUUCUCGAGGAAGAGUUAAAAUCUGUUGAGGGCCUUCAGCCAGCUUCAAGAUGCUGCGAAGAGAUUGCUGAUUAUGUGAUGGCAAACUCGGAUCCUCUGUUACCUUCAACCAAGAAGAACCGCCGGUCAUGUCGCUUCUGGAAGUGGCUCUGUGGCAUGCCCUGUUUUAACCUCUCUUGGAUCUGCUGCUGCUGUUGCUGCUGUGAAGGGUUAUCUUUACAACUAAAAUUGCCACGCUGCUGUUGUGACUGCAAACCAUGCAGUUGCAGUUGCAGUUGUCUUCCAUCCAUCAAUUGCUCCUUACCCAAGUGGCGCUGUUGUUGCUCUUGCCCCAAAUCACAAUGCUGUAAAGAAAGCUGUGGUUUAGGAAAUUGUUGUACUUUUCCAAGUAGUUGCAAUUUUGGGUGUCCAACUUGUCCAUCUUGCCCCUCUUGCUGCAGUUGCAAAUGCACCUGCACUUGCUCUUGCCCAAGCUGUCCAAAGGUAAGCUCAUGUUGCUGUUGUACAAAGUCAUGUUGGAGACCUUGUUGUUUAUGUUGCUAGUAUAUUCUUUCCAAAAGGAAAAGCAAAAAAAGAAAUCUGAAGUUCUUGUCAUCAUAAUUGCAUUUUAAAUAGCUAGAGUAUAAAUUUUGGAAAUAUAAAGGGUUAUAAAUGUUGUAAGUUAGAUUGUGCACUAUAUGAAUACUUGAAGCAAAUGUAGUAGCUCCGGUUGUAAUUGUGGGUCAGAUAAGUUGGAUCCUUUUGUUGUUGUUGCAAGUGUAAUGAAUGACGCAAUAGUAGAAAAUGGAUAUUGAUUACAAAUGCAUGCUUUGAUCUGCUUAAUCAAAUAUUAGUUCCAUAUUUU